AUGGAUUUAGUCUUACUUUUUGUUGUGAUUAAUAUAAAUAAAAGAUGAACUCUGCUCACGAAAUUGUUUUAAAUGUUCUAUUGGGCAGUAGCUCAAUAAAUAAAAUAGUACUAUUAGAACUACGUACGGUUUCUGGCAAAUUUUCUUCGAUUUUCAAUUUCUUGUAGGUGGUAGAUGGUCUCUGACUGUCGAAGGCGGAGGUACCACCCGGCGGUUCUCGUAGGCGGAACCAGAAUGUGUGCAUGUUGCAUGCACACGUGUUCCCUCGCCAGAGUCCGUGUG